CAGUCCUGCCAGGACGGUGACAGUGAAGCACCUGGGUUGAGAGGUAGCAGCAGGUAACUGCGCAACCCCUGCCUCCCCCGGCCCCAGCCCGUGCCUCAGCAGAGCCGGGUGUGGGGGGGACCCGGGAGUGGGUCUCACUGCGUGUCGCCUGCCAACACCUUCCUCCCCCACCAUCCUUACCCAGCCCCAGUCCCACCCAGCACACCUGGGUGAGACAACCCAGGUGCGAAGGACAAGCGAUUACUACGGAAGAGCUCGCAAACCAGGAAGAGAGCGGCCUCCUGGAGAGAAAACGUGAUCCCAGGGGUAGACACGUGGCACUGCGUGGAGAGACAGGGUGACGAGACGAGGCUCUUCUGACCGUCCUAUCUGGCAAAACUUGACGACAGCUUCUGGGUCGCUACCAUCUAGACCUCUCAGAGCUCCCCGAACGAUGACUCAGACCCUCGACACAAGGGAAGACCCUCUGAACCUGGGCGGCGGUGGCUGGGCACACUCGGCCUCCUUGAGCUCCUGGUCGUCCUGCCAUCGAAGGCGCCAGGGCCCUCCAGUGUACAACAGGCCGCACCGCUAUAGCCCCAAGACCGAGUAUGGGCCCCCAAGGAAGCAGCCGAAGCCACAGCACGGCCCGGGCUUUUGGUUCCAACCACCCGUGUGCUUUAACUGGGGGUGCUGGGGAGGGCCCUGGCGCCCACCCCCUCCAGGAUUCCGGAAGUUCCAUUGCCCAGUGCAAGUGUUUCGGGUGUAUGGCCUGCACCCUCUCUGCUUUUGCUGCUGCUCCUGCUGGAACGGGUCCUGGAACCCUAGCUGGGCGAGGCCCCCAGGCAGGAAGAAGCGCUGGGGCCGCAGGGGUCGCGGCCUGCGCCACCACCCUCGCCGCUCCUCCCCGCGGAGCCCGCCAGCGAAUGUGAGCACGCUGCCGCGGCCGGUCAAGCUGUACGAGUGGAGAGAGCCUGGCAUGCGAGCGCCGCCCAACACCACCCAAUUCAUCAUGAACCAGAUCUACGAGGACAUGCGGCAGCAGGAGAAGCUGGAGCGUCAGCAGGAGGCGCUGAGGGCGCAGAAGGCCCCGGUGAGCGGCGAGGCCUCCCCGGCCAGAUCCUCCGGAAACGACGCGCCCCCUGGCGGCAGCGAGGAAACCUGGGGACUGCAGGAAGCUCUGUAUGGCUUUGUGCAGAAUCCCUCUCUAGCAUUCAGUCCUAAACCAGAGGAAAACCAGUCUCUUGCCCCGUUGCUGGUGGAGGAAGAGGAGAAGAAAAAUGAUGAGGAGGAGGAGUAUGACCAGGAGGUGUGUGAUGCAAAGGAGGUGAGCGAGGAGGAGGAAGAAGAGGUUGAAGAUGAGGAAGAAGAGGUCGAAGAUGAGGAGGAGGAAGAGGUCGAAGAGGCUGAAUAUGUGGAGGAGGAGGAGGAGGAGGAGGAAGAGGAGGAGGUAGAAGGGGAAGAGGAGGUCCUGGAGGAGAACGAGCAGAGAGGGGAAGAAUUUCAUUUGCCUCUGGAAAUACCUUUAUCAAUCUUCGUAGAGGCUGAAGAAAAGAGAGAGAACUUUAUAAGCUGCACUUUUUUAAACCCAGAGCAGAUAAUUCCCAAAGUGCCACAGGAAUCCCUGUUCACUGCACAGGACUUUAACUGUUAGACAUCAGAAAAGGGAUUGAGGAAAGGGAUGGAACUGAUUUGAGGCUAAACUGGAUUAGCAAUUUAUUAAAAACUGAUUAAAAAGUGAGUUCCAUUAAUAAACAGAUGUAAACACCUUCUUUGGCCAUUAUAAAAUGCUUAAAAUUUGAUGCGUAUGUGUAUGACUAUGGGUGGUGGUGGGGGAGCUUUCAAAUAUGAUUUUACUGGAACUGAUUAAAAGCCAAGUAAUUUAUUACUACCAUUAGAAUAUUUUCACUUGGUGUUUUCCCCUCUAGAAAACAAAGUUGCUGGUUUUUUAAAAAAAUCUAUAAAUGCUGAAAAAGCGUUUGUUUUUGAACAAAUUUAUACAACUUAGCCACUUAAUGAGCUUGGCAUGAAGAGAUAGUUUGUUACAUGCAUAAGAAAGCACAUUCUAACGCUACUGAAUGUUCACCAGUGCUCUUAACAUAACUGAAGCCAUUUUCAAUCCCUGUAUUUUUUUUCAACAAUAUUUUACCUCGUAGAUUUUUCCACCAUCAGAGUUCAUUUUUGAGGGUUGUAUUUUGUUAACCCCAUUUGCAGUCUCUUGUGGCAUCGCUUAUUGAUAUUCCUUGUUCCACAGUGCUAUGAAUCUUCCUCAGAAAAACAUGAAGUUGCUUCUGUGGAACUGGUUAUCUGCCAUGGCCUCAACAAUCCAUAAUCCAGUCAUGGAGAGGAUUCCCCAUGGUCAGAAGUCAACUUGCACAUCUAGUUAAAGUCCAAGGUAACUGCAAACAAUGGAACAUAGCUUAGGUUUUGAAGCCUCUUUAUUGGAUAGAGUCUUUAUCCUAAGUUCUGAGGAGCCAUAAAAAAUGUUUUGCAGAAUAGAUUUUUUUAGAGAAAAAGAUUAUUGACCUUUUGGGGGUGGAAUAUCUUAUUUCAUUUUUCAAUUUGUCUUUGUUAUAAAGGAGAGUAAAAGAUGUGUAAGCGUGAGUCUGUGUGAGCUGGUUUCUGAUGUCUAAACAGCAAUUACUGAUGGAGAAUACAUCAUUCAAAAUAAUAGCUUUUGUUCAAACAUUUUUAGGAAGUAAUAAUACAUUUCUUCCUGGACAGUUGAUAAAAGUUCCAUCCAUAGCAUAUUUCCAGAAUAUCCCUAGAUGAUGAAUUUAAACAUGCCUUCUCAGAAAUUACAUCUUUUGACUUUGAACCACAAGUUAGCAUUUAUUUGUUGAAGAGAAGAAUGUGUGGUGAUGUUUUACCUGAAUGUUGAUUGUUACUGAUAUAUUGCAGUUUUCAAGGUGAUAAACUUAAGUUAUUAAAUAAUAAAAAGUAUUAAA